UGUUUACUGACAAUUAUCACACCUAAAAUAAGAAAUAAUAUUCUGGACUUUUAGCAGCUAGUUCUCAGCUGUAAACCAUAAACAUCAUAGGGUUCUGUGUGCUAAUCAGUCUGAAUCAAAAUGAGUUCUACCCAAUACACAGUGAACAACAACAAUCUGUGCUAAAAUAAUCUGAAAUGUUCUGUGCAGGAAUGUACAUUUUAAAAUACAAUAAAAUACAUUAAGCAGCACUCUGUACAUUUAAUUAUAAACCUGAGAACAAUAAUAAACAGGAACAAUACUCCAUAUUCUUCAGUCAAAUACAAUAAAAUACAACUGUAAUUUUAUUUCAGGACUCGGUUAUUAAAUGUCAGAACAAUCCAUGAGACUCUAAAAACUGAACAGCUUUAUAAACUCUAAGACUAAACUCUCCACAAGGAUCCAAAAGAAAUUGGACUUCUACAUGAGAGCUUUAGUUAUUCUUCAUCUACUUCCUGAAAAGUUUGCUCAAUAAAAAAAGACAAAAACUCAUAUUUUCAGCUGAACUAAAGACAGACUUUGUGAUUUUUCUGCUCACAUGUUGUGUUGUUCAAAACUUACUCUUUCAACCCCUGAAAACCAGCGUUUGUCCUGUUUUUGUGUCACUCCUAAACAGCCGGUUGUAAUGUUUUCUGAUCAACACGCCAUACUGUGAUGUUUUUACAGUCAAGGUUCUACUAUGGAACCAGUCUGACAUGUUCAGGUGUUCUUUGUGUGAAAACUCAGAGAUUUCAGGGAUCAGAAGGUGGUUUUCAACUUUCUGCUUGGUGUCAUCAGGAACACCUGAGCAGCUCAGUGUCUUCCUGCUUUAUGUCUGCAGUCAAACAUUUCCUCUGCUUCUCUUCACUGAACCGGGUUUGGCUCCGUUGCUUUAGUUUGUUCUUUAGGCGUUGGCUUGCAGCUUCCAGCAGUAAAAUCCUCUUUAAUGUGUUUCUUGGUGUGUUUUAGGGCUUUGUACUGGAUAGUUGUCUUGGUAAAUGUGGUUCUUUAGCCACAGUUAGCACAUGGUGCUAAUGUGUGCAGUGAUUAGUGGGUUUGGUGCAGCUGAGUUGUGUCUUUAUCUUGGCUGUAGUGAGUCUUUAGAGGUUUUUGGUUGUUUGUGAACCAACGUUGGUUGUCCAGAAGGUAAGAGUUCCUGUCCUGAUUCUCUGUUUAAAGAGCUUCUCUGGUAGGCUGCAGGAGACUUUAGCGUUUGGGUUGUGCUAGUUUGGUUUUUGUACGGUUUCAUUUGGACGACUAUCUUGAGGCCCCUCCAUGUGGUUUAGUGAGGUUUUCUGGAACAGUUCUACAAAGCAACCUGCAGCAGAAGAGACUUUGAGAGUUUUUAGGAAGUUCUGGAGAGCAGACUUUAGAGCAGCACAAACAUUUGUCAGCAGUUUGAGCAGGAGAAGGUGAGCUUCAGAGUAGAAAUGAGAAGGAAACCUUGUUGACCCGUGUGGUGAGGUCCUGUACCAAGAGUUUGAGCAGGUUGUGAAGAGUCUGUAGUUCUUUGGUCUGAAAGCACCAGAAGAGGAGAAAACAGGAGAUAUUGUUGGUUCUUCUGUUGCUCUGCAGUUUCCUUAGACUGAAUAUCAAGUUUCUAUUGUAAAUGAUUUACUGUGUGAGCCCAAGAAGACUUCAAUAAACUCCCUCCAUCCCCUGAACACAACACAUUUUAUUAUGUAAAUUUUUUAAAAGAAAUAUGUUUUUGAGUUUUAAUCUUAGUUUUAAUCAGUUUUUUCUCUUUGCUUGUUUAGUUCUGUCAUCUGUGUCAAAGGUUCUAAACAAAUAAAGUUGAAUUGAUAAACUGACUAACAGCAUGAAGACACUUUUCACUACCAUACUCCAUUAAGACAUUUUCCACUGACAUACAACAGCCACAGUGAAUGUCAAAAGCACAAAGAGGAAGAGUCCAGUUGUGAAGGGGCCACUACCAGUAGUGUGGUGGGUUCAACCACUGAACGCUGUCUGGGACAAAGCUGAGACGUGAGUUUGAUUCCCACCAUAGCUGUCGGUCCUGGAGCAUACAGAGAUCUCACAGCAAAAAAUAGAUGAUAAAUGUCAAAAAAAAGAAAACAUCAGUAUCUGAGUGAGUAGCUCAGAGGGAUAAGAAGAGAGACUACCAAGUGGAAGGUAGAAGGAUCAAGACCCACCAUUUAAGAAGGGUCUGGUGUUGAACCAGCAACCUGCAGCUCCAUAGGCAAACCCUUAACUCACUGAGCUACAGAUCAGAUAAAAAGAAAUAAACUCGUCGUCCCUUUGACAAACUUUAUUCUUGUCGUCGUGGAACUGCAGGAUUUAAAACUCUUCCUUCUAUUUGACCUCAUGUUUAUUAGUUUUAGUGCAGAAAGUUAUUUUAAUUGUCCAUUAGUCUGUUAAAAACCAAAUAAUAAAUUGGAUUAGUCAAGAGGUUUAAAUUUCUUACUUUGUCAUAUUUUAAAAAUGACAAAAAAAUAUAAAAUAAAGCAUCUUGAGACAGUUUGACCUGUAAUUUGUGUUCUAUAAAUAAAACUGAAUUUAAAUUGUAUGUAUCUUGUAAUGUUGGAGGAAUUCAGACAUAUAUGUUGGAAAACACAUUUUCUUUGUCCAUUAAUCUGUUGAUUGUUUUCUCCACUAAUUCAUUUCUUGUUUUGGUUUAUAAAAUGUCAAACCCAAAUAUAUUCAGUUUACUGUCAUAAAAACAAAAAGAUUUACAUUCAUGAUGCAGGAAUCAGGCAGUUUUUAACUUUUUAUCUUAGUUUAGUCACAAAGAUCGUUGAUAAUGUGUGAAUUGUUGCAGCUUGUGAGCCGUAGAAGGUUUUAAUGUUUGGGGCCGAGUGUCAGAAAACAUUCAGAAACCAACAUCAACAAAAUAAAGAUUUAAACAUCAUUAAAGGGAAAUCCAACUUUUGCAUGACAAUGUCUAAUUAAAGGACAUUUAUUUCCAACGUAAAUGUGUGAUAUUCAUCCUCUGGAGCUUCUCUUCACAUCGUCUUCCACCUGGACUGGUUUGGUCGGGAGCAUGAGCAACAAACAUGAAAAACUGCACUUUAACAUCAAUGAAUGACACUGAAGUUUAAUCUCUACAUAAAUGAGACUGAGUCUGGAUGUGCUGCUCUGUCAUUAACUCCUAAGUUUAGGGAAAGUUCAAACUAAAGAGGAGAGUUCAGAGAAGACUGGAGAAUGAGCUGAUUAGGGUUAGGGUUAGGGUUAGACCUCCUGAUUCCUUGUUCGGUUCUUUGAGUUUCUACUUUGGAACCUGAAUCGUCUUCAUAUAGGAAAUCCUUUACGAUUACACUUUUUGGUUUGAGAUGAAUUGAUCCUAAGGUUUUGGCCAAUCACAGGGACCCGUGCCCACCUCAGGCUCCCUCCUAUUGGCCUAAAUUUGGGCUGCAGCAGAGUGUGAGGAUUAAGGCAGCUUUUCGGGCGCUGGUGUUCAUGUGGAGUCCAGCAGUCUAAACGUGGAGCAGGGAUUAGGACGGAGGCAGUGUGAAGGUGAUGGAGGGGGUUUCCACUGCUUUUUAUACCCUCGUCUCCCAAAGGAGCUCAGGGAGUCACUUUACGCCGGCGGUAUUUUUAGAACCCAGAGGAGCUGCUGGUCCACCUCGCUGCAUUCCUGCUGGAUCAGUUCCAUUUACAUCCCGUCAUCGAUGGAGCUUUAUGGACCAUCUCCGUCUCCAGCGUGACUCGUUGGACUGAGGUCUCCUCCUGGGUGUAUGUCUUUAAGUGCUCAGACGUUGAUUAGACAUGUUGAAGGUUUUACUGGGUCUCUUUUUAGCCUCCUCCUCCUCCUUCUCCUCCUCUUCCCAGCAGGGUGGAGUCUAGCAGCUGAUCUACUCGCUUUCAGGGUCAACCUCCGGCGUUCGACGUUGAUCCUGCUUCUCCUUCCAGAGGAGGCUUCCAAAGCCUUCGUCUGGUUCGUUCUCCUGCGUCUGAGCUUCCAGAUUCCAGCAUCUUGCUUUGGUUCUUGGAUCUGAGGAUGACCGAUAAGCCGGCCGUGGCGGCGGGCGGUGAUGAUGCGGGCGGCAUCAUGGCACUGCUGGAGCGCGUGGCGGGCCUCAUGGACGGUGUCCAGGCCACGCAGCAGCGCAUGGAGGAGCGGCAGCUGGAGCUGGAGAGCACGGUGAAGACCAUCCAGGCCGACGUGGUGAAGCUGACCAGCGACCACGCCAACACCAGCUCCACUGUGGACCGGCUGCUGGAGAAGACCCGCAAGGUCAGCCGCCACAUCAAGGACGUCAGGGUGCGGGUGGAGAACCAGAACGUCCGAGUGAAGAAGGUGGAGGCCACGCAGGGCGACCUCCUGGCCAAGAACAAGUUCAGGGUGGUCAUCUAUCAGGGCGAUCAGGAAGUGAAGGCCGUCUCACCGGCCAAUGAGCCGGCAGAAGCCAGCGGCGGCCCCAGAACCAGAGCCGAGGUGGAACCGGACAAGUUCGAGCUUCCUCCGGAGUCGGACGAGGAGUACAUGGUGGUGGAGGAGGCCGACUCCUCGGCAGCCGGACGCAUGAAGAAGUCGGGGCUGACGCGCAUCGAGAGCUUCAAGGCCACCUUCUCCAAGGAGAACAUGAGCAAGACCCGCGAGAACCUGGGAACCAAGGUCAACAAACUGGGGGAGCGCAUCGUGACGGCCGAGAGGCGCGAGAAGAUCCGCCAGUCCGGAGAGAGGCUGAAGCAGUCCGGUGAGCGUCUCAAGGACACCAUCACCAAGAGCGUCCCGGCCAAACUCAACCUGAAGAAGGAGAGGACUGUGGCGGAGGGCCAGGAGGGAGCUGAGGCCGCUGAGGGAGCCCUGCCCGUCCCUCCUCCUAAGGGCCGCAAGGCCAGCCCGGGGGCCGCCGCCGCCGCCGCCGAGGGCAAAGCAGAGGAGUCCGAGGUGCCGAUGUAUGACAUGAAGCAGCUAUCGUAAGCUGGACAUCUGAGGCGCUUUCUUUGGACCUGUGAGACCACAAAGAGUCGGUGAAGAAGAUGAACGUUUGUUUGAACACUGCUGAAGGAAGGGAGCCAAUCCAAGCUGAACAUCGAGGAGACCACCAACACAUCCUGAUCGCCCAUUUCUGACGCAGUUAUGUGUGCUUCUGGACGUUUCUUAUCACAUCAGCAACAUAUAUUUAGUCCUUUUUGUUUUGUGUUCAAUAAACAGUGACUCUGGAAAACACAUGAGCGGUGUUCAGAACUUCUCCACCAGCUUCUCACUGCUGUUCACUGGUUUGCAUGUUGAUGAGGUUGAAAUGCUGGAUGACGAAGUUUUAGCGACUCGACGGGACGUUUCAGAAAUGUUGGUAAAAAGCGAUUAAAGGUUUAAUUCUCUGACAUCACUGGAUGGAAAACGUGGAGGCAGCAGUCAGAACGGAGGUUCAACCAGACCAGUAGGAACUAGAACAGGAUCUGUUCCAUCACAGUCCAGGUCCUGGGUUGGUCUUUCAGUACAUGAGGAUCCAUGAGGUCCAUCAACUCCUGCUAGCAGCAACAUCAAACCAACGCUGGAUCAGUGAAAGGUUAAACACUGUUCUUAGCUGACUACAUUAUUCAUCAAUAAUCGGUAAACACAAAUAAAGUGGGCAGUGGACACUUCUCCAGAUGCUGAAGUCAAAAUUUCUAACCAUUUCUGUGAAACCAGUUUGGUUACUUUACCUCCUCGAUUGUAGGAAGCUGUCUGGUCAACAACAGAUGACCUGCAUGAGUUCUGGUUGGAAGUCAUUAACCCUCAUAGGAGUCUCUGUCAUGGUGCCCCUUGUCUAUUCUUUAACAUGAAAUAAACGCGGUGGAGACAAUUCCCCAUACGCUGAAAUCACUCGAUCUAACCAUGGACACAUAUCAGUUACCAUAAAGCUAGUUUGGCUAAAUUAGCCACUCAGUUAAAGGAACACUUUUUGUAGGAAACAACAGUUUGUCAUGAACUCUGUAGUUCUGGUUGGAGGUCAUUAAGUAGAACAUUAGUCUUUGUCAUGGUGCCUGUUGCUGCUAAACUCAUCCAGGUUCUGGUGAUUGUAGGAGCUUCAGUAGAAACCAACCAGACUUCUCUGGAAGACGUUUCUAGAAACAUCGUCCAGAGAAGUCUGGUUGGUUUUUGCUACAGUUCAUGUUAAAUCCUCUCUGCUUUAACAUGAACUGCAGUCUGAGUGACGCCUCCUCUGGUCUCCACAGGACUAAACAGGAAGAGGCUCCACCUGCUGGAACAACCAGGAAUUACAGCUGAUCUACAUUUACUGACAUCAGGACCUUCUCCUUCCUAAAAUAUUGUGUUUUUGUCAUUUUGUUUUGUUUUUAUCCUUUUGUGUCUGGUUUUUGUCAUUGCAUCUCGUUUUUGUCAUUUUGUGUUUUGUUUUGCGUCUCAUUUUGUACCUUUUGUUUCAUUUUUCUCAUUUGUUUCUCGUUUUUGUUGUUAUGUGUCUUGUUUGUGUCGUUUUGUGUUUACUGACAUCAUGACCUUAUUGGUUAACGUGUCUUUAUGUGAUUCAACUCUUAACGCUAAUUAUUAGAUCAUCGCUAACAUCAUUUUCAGACAGAGCCAUGCUAGCAGAUUCUAUGGGUGUCUUUAUGCUAAACUAACAUCAGAGGGUCAAAGUAACAUUUAACCGACCACUAAACGGCAGCAGCAGACAUGGCCACCAGGUACGACACGUUCUCUGACACGCAUGACCUUCUUCUUCUGUGUGGAUCGAAUGGAACAUGGUUUCAUGAGCAACGGCAUAAUCGAUCAAUAAUCAACCGAUUGGUCAUUAACAUCCCCAGUGUGUGGAGUUUAUGGAGGCCCUAAAAGAUGGAGAACCCUCAAAACCUCCCAACACUUUGUUGGGAUUUUACCAAACAACAUUACUACGGAUGCUCUGUUAGGUUUUAGUGUGUCUGUAGGGGGCAGUGUUGUUCUGGAAGAUGUUCGCUGGUUUCCCGUUUUCCACUGAGCUGACUGACGAGGUUUUCCUUCGUUUAUUCUGUGAGGAGACUUUGCUGUUUGACUGCAUGGCUGUUUGUCAUAAUGAAGAGAAUAAAAGUUGACUUGAAUCAUUUCUGGAA